CUUGAAUUAAUUCGGUAUCCGGAAUCAUGGGUAUUCAGUUCGGGUUAAGCUUGUAGAACCUGACAGGAUCGAAUGCCAAAGGUCACCUAUGCUCGGGAGUGCCAGAUCCUUGGCACCGAUAAUAUUGGAGUCCCGAAGUUCUUGUACAUCAUUCGUGACGAAGAAAUAUGCAGCUCAACUCUUUCCAAAUCGACACCUUCGGAUGUCAGGCUCACAAAAGUAAGCUCAAGUUCCUCAUAUACACUCGUUGGUGGAAAUAUUCCCCUGGUACCGAUCGAUGGCGACACUGUAAGCCUCACGGCUUUUUGCUUGUGUUUCUGUAACCUCGGAUCUAUACGAAGAGAUUCCGCCUGUGUGGUACAUGUAUCUUUAAAAUGGGAAAAGGCAUGGAGGUGCAAUUCUGUGCGGAGUGACUCUUGCCAAUGACAGUGGCAGCAGCAAAAGAAAGUAACUGGCUAACUUGGGUAUCGGGACUCGAUAUCCCCUAAUAUGCGCGUUGUAUGACAGGUUAGGAGGAAGGAGUAAGUAAUCCACGCCGACCUAUGACGCCCUUGGUUCAACAGAGUAUCAAGGAUGUCAUGAACUGUCAAAAGGUUUAUCGGGCCUGAUGGCGUGCCAAAAUAAUCGUAGGUUUCCCUUGGGCUUCCAGUAUGAUACGAAAGCUUCGUAAGCUCAACACGCCAUGCAAAGACUUGAGGGUGCCGUGUCACCAUGGCAGCGUCAUGAAGAAGGCUGCAUGAGACCUUGGUAUGUGUGGGGGGUGGUUCGACAUGUAGCAGUAACUUGAUCUAGGGGAGUAGCAGGGAGUACGACAAGGACAUACAGUAGUGAUCUGGGAAUUAGCUCGAAGGAGUCGAUAGGAACGCAGCAAGGGGAACGCAGAAAGGGAAUGGCAUCAAGGGGAUGCAGUUGAGGAGUACGAGGGGUGAUGGAGAGAUAGCUAGAUGGCUCGAAUGCGCAAAAGGGCGUGGAGAGGUGUGCGAAACCACAAAGAGGGAGUAUGGGUAUCGACAGGCAGGGGUGCCACAAGCGCGGGUGCAGUUGUGACCUGGGGUGUGGGUGCAGGCGCAGGCAGAAGGGCGACGGAAAAAGUGGGUCGGGCGAGCCAGCGACAAAACUCCCCCCAGGGCAUAUAAACCACCCCUUCCCUCACCUCAACCACCCACCCUUGCUUCUCUUCUUCCCAUAUUCAUACCAAAACCAAAGCGACUUGGACAAUUUCAUCCAAAUUUAACAAUUGGCUUUCAAGAUUCACUAGAAUCCAUCAGGAGAACAUCCAGAACAUAUCCUGCCCGACUUCCACUCAAUAUCAACCACGCUUGCUGCCCCCUUUCCGCCGCAGUACUUUGUGACCUUCCCAGCAUUGCUGGUCCUGACGUCUUCACUCGUCGAACGUCACGGCCUCCCCGGAAGUUACAAGUGUCAGCUUGUACUUCAUCGCAAUGGCGUACUCGUACCACCAGUACCACGAGGCGCAGACGUAUCCCCAUGAUUACCAAUAUGACCACCAAUAUGACCACCGGCAACCACUGCAGAGCUCCACUCGAGAGCGCCCACGAACCCUGGACACUCGUCCUCAUGCCCCUCGCCGGGUGCAGCACGGGUAUUCUCACGAGACUGGAGCGUACAUACAUGACGCCGGCUCGUAUCGGGAGGACGACCCUUACCGGAUCCCCAGAUCAACGCAGUACUACUACUCCACCGAAGAAGGUCGACGAUAUGAGCAAUCGUCUAGGAGGAGUGAAGAACGCCGAAGCGAAACUUCUUCCAGCAGCAGGAGAUCCGACAAGAAGGAUUCAAGCUCCAGGUCGACCACAAGUGGGAGCAGCAAACGAUCAUCAAAGAGCUCGACAUCAAGACAGUCAAUGCUGCUCACUCCACCAGAUACCCCGGAAAUCGGCAGGUUAUCAACUCCAGAGCUCGCACCAUUAAGCGCAGGUCUGCGCUUCUGCGACUGCGGGUGCAGUGAUGAGUAUCAUGAGGAAGAGGAAAGGUACCUCCAGGGAAGAGCAGUAAUGGACUCAAAGCUGCAAAAUGCAGUUGAAUACAUGGCUACACGAGGCCAUGACCGGUCGAGCGGGAGGAGAUGAAAUUGAAAGGCCUUUGUCGGGAGGCAUCCAUUUGCCAAUGCAAGUGGACAAAGUCGGGUGUCCCUUUUUUUUCCCUCUGUCACUUUGCUGUUUUUGGGCCGGCGUUGUGGGGUAAAUUUGGGUGAUGCAAGCGGGCAAGGCGUUCAGGCGUUUGUUUGAUCUCACCAGGCGACAAACUGGUUGGUUCAGAGAUUGACCACCUAUAGAUAUUGGUUGCCUUUUUUUUUUUUUUUCUUGCCACUUUGGUUUUCCAAAGUGUUUCUGUCUGUACAAUACAAGAGGCCUUUG